AUGUCGCGGAAACAUGGACAUCAAAGGCCAUUUCAAUGCGCCAUCUGUGAAGACGCCUUCUCCACAAAGGCUGAGCUGAGCCGCCAUACUGAAUCCCACAUCCACAACCCUGUUGCCACCAGCCUCGUAUGCGACGUGUGCAAGUGGGAUUUUGAUGACUCUCACGCUCUUGAACUCCACCGAUUCCAGGCUGGCCACGGUACGCUGAACUUUUCCUGUGAGAACUGCGACGAGCACUUCGUCUCACAAAAGGGCCUCGACGAACACAACAGGCCGCCAUUCGGGUGUACGAGAGCUCUCACAGAGAAGAAAGACACAGCCGUCGUCUGCGAUCGCUGCAAGAAGAGCUUCAGCACCCGCAAGCGCUACAACGACCACCGAAGCGAUUUAGCCAGUGAGUGCGCCGACUGGAGGAACAAAACACCCAAGAAGCAGGCACAGACUGCUCCACAAGGCUACGUUGAUCUAGGCAAGCCCAAAAAUGGCCAGGCCAUACGCAGUUACGAGGAUCCCGCGCAGGAGUCGGACGCGUCGACCAACACCAGCAACGGCGGACUUCAAUGCAAGGACUGCAAGAAGAAAUUCGUAUCCCAAAGCCAUUAUAACAACCACUUUUUGGGAUGCGAGCCAAUCGUCCCUCGCUCUCAGCUUGGAGCUAUCCAAAACAAUUCCCGCAAUGGGCAUCAGGCAACAGCACCAGCGCAAGAACUGCACUUCGCAUCGAAUACGAGUUACGCAAAGUCUGGAUCCAAGACAAAAGCAGACACUACCAAGGCCAUGCCAACGCAGAAGAAACCUGUACGAUCGCAACAGCAAAAACCUUCGCCAGCCUCCGUCACCCGUUCGCAGCAGCAGCAAACUCCACCCGCCUCCUCUGCGCCAGCCCGCGAUACCGGUAUCUAUACCUGUAGUAGCAGCUGUGGAAAGAGCUUCGGGUCUGCGGCAAGCCUUGCCCAGCACAGGGCUUCCGUUCAUGGUACUGACGGCCGGAGAUUGAAUACAAAUGGACGUGGGCCAGAUCGUGGGGGCAAGAGUAACAAUACUUCCACUCAACCCCCUCCACCUCAGCAUAUCGCCAGUCGACCACCCAGUGUACCCGUCGGACCACCUCGGACAAUAGCUCCUCGUCAUGUGCCCCCAUCUCAACCAAGUGUCACGCCCACGAGCACAAACAUUGGCAGUGCUACUGAUAUCGAGCAGGCCAAGCAAAUACAAGCCCGAGCCCUGCGCCUGCUCAUCCAGUCCGACAUCUUCAUACACUAUGAUGGAAAAAUCAGCAUCGGCGGCCUUGACUGGACUAGGAUCGGUGUCGAGAAACAUGCCGAAGUUGUUGAUAAGCUUGACAAAAUGUGCCACUUACCAAGAGUGCUUCAAAGCGAGUACCUGCCCGCACCCAAGGCCUUUGCCGACGAGUACAACGCCUAUUACGAUCUCGCCGACUUCAAGCCUUCCCCUGCGCGUGAUGCAGAGAAACCAGGCCUCAGUGUCGUUGUCCUGGCAUGCAGCAAAGUCGGCCUUGCAAACGACCGUCACGAAGUAGUCAAGCUGGCCGCUAUCGACCUCACCACCAGCGCCAUACUCAUGAACCAUUUCGUCUGCACCGAUCCCCACGCCCAGGUCUCUGCAUGGAACUCCGCAGCCACAGGGCUCUCCAGCUGGCGCGACAUGGAAGCCGCGCGACAAGCCGGGUACAAAAUCUUCAAAGGCUGGUCUGCCGCCCGCGCCGCACUGCACAAAUACAUCGACACCGAGACCAUCCUCGUCGGACACAAUCUGCGCUCCGACCUCGAUGCCCUGCGCAUGGUGCACGGCCGCGCAGUCGACAUUGCAAAGGUCGUGGAGAAAGCGGCCAACGGUCCCCUGAGCAAGCCACAGCUGAGCCUCGAUAGCUUGUGCUGCGACUACACGGAUAAGAAGCUCAGUCGCGAUCCCAAGUACGGCCGCGAUUGCCUCGUGGAUGCGUUUGCGAUUCGUCAGUUUGUUCUGUACGCGAUUAAGAAUAAGGAGAUGCUGGAGAGAGAGGCGAGGCUCAAGAGUGUGGAUUAUCAGCGUGUUCGGCCUUGUGCGAGUACUGCUACGGGUGUCUGA